GAUUAUAUGGUCGUGAAUCAGCAGCGCUCGAGCCAGGGCGUCGUUUUGGAGGUGCUCCGAGGGGGGGUAGACGGAUUCCUGAGGUAAUGCUACAUUCAAAUUCAUGCUAGUUUUCCAUGGCUACCAACCCUAGCUUUAAGGGGUUCAUCAGCAUUUAUCAAUUUCAAACAAUUUUCACUUGUUUCAUAGGUGUCAAAUUGAUAAAGUAUAUUAGUGACUUGAGAUCUAUUAUUGAUUUAUUAUUUAAAUUAUAAAAACAGGGACAGAAUCAAUCAUAAUGUCUCUCCUGAUGAUGUGGCUAAGGGGGAAGGGAUGUGUGUUCAUGAACAACAUACAAGAAAAUACAUUCAGAUUGCAAAAACUGCCCCACAGGGACAAGCAAAAGACUAAAUGAGUCUGAAGCAUGUUCUGUGAAACCUGCUGAGUCAUCAAGCCUUGGGGACUGGACAACCAAUUGUGUGUUAAUCUACAUACUGUACUAAUAGAAAGUGGGACAAUUAAUGUGUCACUUGUCGCCGAAACAUCAGAUUAACAGUACCGCCUACAAUGGAUUGGUCCUUUGCUGCCCCAUCUGCCAUUAGCUUGCCCUGCAAAUCCAAUUAUGUUCUUAUGCUCCCAGUCUAAAAAUAGUAGAAAAUAAAGGAAAACACAGAAAGAACACGUCAGUAGUGCUGAGAGGAGGACAAAUUAUGUUAUGGAGCUGAUGUGUCCUUUCUGAGACCAAUGAAGUGUCAUUAGGAGAUGAGGUAUCACUGACAGGCUGCCAUGACAGACAGCGCAUGGACCAGGGAAGGAUGGAUGGAACGGCAGCAGAGGAUGCAUAAGAGGAAGAAGGAUUAGGUGUGAAGGAAUUUAAGAAGAAUCUCUUCAGAUACCGGAUGAAAUAAGCGUGAUGGGUACAUUUGUAACCCUGACUGAAGUGUUGGAGGCUCGGGGUUCCCCAUUGGAUGAGGAUGAGGUCUGGUGUCUGCUGCUCGCCAGCACAGAGGCCUUACUGGACAUUUCCAAAGAAGGUUCAGGUAACAUGUGCAGUGUGCUGAGUCCAGGCUCAGUGCUACUCUCAGCCAAUGGGAGUGUGGCCUUCAAAAGUUGUGCCCGAUAUGAAGACGUGGCCUCAUUCACAGCUCCUGAAGCACAGCAGGGACACACUUCAUCCUCCAGGACUGCAACUGAAAAGAUGGUUGUUUACUCACUGGGGAUGACUCUAUAUUGGAGUGUUGAUUAUCAUCUGCCUCAAAACCAGCCAGUCCAGCUCAGUGCAGAGCUGGAGGGAUUGCUGCUGAGCAUGUGCGAGGAUGUAGCGUCUCGGAGGACUGACCUGCUGACUGUGCUGGAGACCUGUGAGCUUCACCAUAAGGUUGCGAUGCUACCUUCUUCCGAACAGCUCGUCAGGCAGCUCGUAGAAGAUGUCUACAGAAACUCAGUGGAUCAUGUGUCCGUGAGUGAAAAUGGAUCCCCACUUACAGACCGCAGUCAAAUCGUCAGGGACAGAUUGCACAGAGGCUCAUUUAGUAACUCCACAUGGGCUUCGAAGAGGAUCUCUAGAACAUUCUCAGGAGCAUCUUAUACAUGCGAGCCCAUGCGGAUUCCCUCAGUGAGUCGAAACAGAGAAAGUUACAGCAGCUGGCAGCAGCUGAACCGCGGUCCCUGCAGUCCUUUCCUGGAUGGCAAUCGAAACUCCAACUCAAGGUCCCUUACACAGUUUGGUUCUUCAGUGACCCUGAAUGACAAGAAACCAAAAGACAUGGGUCCAGAGUUUAUCCGGAUGUUAGAUGAACCACUGGUUGUCUUGGAGCUGCCUGGAUCCAUUGUGUCAAAGAAAGGAAAAUCUCCAACCACUCAGAGGGAGCUGAGUGUGGUGAUGCCAAACGGGCAGAGUAUCCUGGUCAAGUGUGAGGUGAAAUCCAGAGGAGGGGACGUCUUUGACAUGAUCGUGGCCCACUCCAACCUAAUGGAACAUUUCUACUUUGGCCUUGCUUAUAUUGAUGAUAAUGAGUUUUUCUUUGUGGAGAAUGAUACCAAGAUUUCUAAAGUUGCUCCAGACAGCUGGAAGAAAGUGCCUUCAACCACCUUUGUCCUUUUCUUCAGGAUCAAGUUUUUUGUUAAUGACAUUUCUCUACUUUUGCACAAACAGACCCGCCACCAGUUUUACCUUCAACUCAGGAGAGACCUUUUGGAGGACAGACUGUCCUGCCAUGAGGAGACCGCGCUGUACCUGGGAGCUCUGGCCAUGCAGGCAGAGUACGGAGACACAAUGCCUGAGGUGUAUGGGAAGAACUACUACCGCCCUGACCAGUAUGUCUCAAAGAGUGUGAUGGAGAAACGUGCCUUGCCGUACAUUCAGGGGGAGCUGCUACGACUUCACUCAGACAACGCUCAGAUGCUUAUGGAGGAAUCAGAGCUUGAGUUCCUCAAGGUGUGUCAACAGUUGCCUGAAUACGGUGUGUUCUUCCACCGUGUAAUUCGUGAGAAAAAGCCUUCAGAAGGGGAGAUUAUCCUCGGGGUUUGUGCCAAAGGAGUCACCAUCUAUGAGGUUAAAGAUGGCAGCAGAUCAACCAGCCAGAAUUUCUUCUGGAAGGAGACUGCAACAAUCUCAUCCAGUCGUCGUAAAUUUAUAUUAGAGAGCCGAGGCAGUAACAAGAAGCACACCUUCCUUGCAGAGAGAUCGAAGAUGGCCAAAUAUCUUUGUAACCUUUGUUCGGCCCAACACAAGUUCAACAAUGAGAUGAACUCUCGCCAGCUCAGCCACAGUCUGGUCUCAGAAGAGAACAUUGUGCAGUAUUCAGCGGUGUGUCGAGCUCAGAGUGGCCAACUAAAGUCCUUCUCAUGUUCAGAGACGCCUCAGGACGACAGUGGUCUGACCACACCUCAGGAUGAGUCCUUGACCAAGUUGUGUGAUGAUGUCGCAGCCAGGAUUGAGGCUCGCAUUAAACAGCAGCGCCAGAGCCUCAGUGAGCAGAGCCCCUGUUCCAGCAGCCAGCGCAGCAGCAUUGGUAUUCGUUCCCCAUCCUGCUCUCAGAAGAGCGGCUCUGAAGCUCCCUCUGGCUCCCCAGCUGCCAGAGACACUCCAACAAAACUUGGUUCAUCGUCAGAGAGAGAAGUCAUUUGUGUUUCCCUGAGGAAAGACCCAAAGCUUGGUCUUGGUAUAGUGAUAGUGGGAGAGGACACCAUUGGGCAUUAUGACUUGGGCAUCUUCGUUGCUUCCAUUGUGCCUGGUGGACCUGCUGAUAAGGACGGACGCAUUAGACCAGGUGUUCUGGUUGGAGCACCGUGUUCUAUUUUUAGGGGAAUGGUUUCAGAGUAUGUGCUGCCAGAAAGUGCAAAGACAGAGAGAGCAGGUGGUCGUCUGAUCUCUCUGAACCACAUCAGCCUGGAGGGCGUCACUUUCAGCGAGGCUGCAGAGGUCAUGCAGAACAGCCCGGAGGAAGUGCAGCUCAUUAUCUCACAGCCAAAAGUCCGCCUCAGCCCCAUUGGUGUGCGUUCUUCGGUGUUGAGGAACUACGAGCCCAACAGCCCACUGCUGACAGAUGGCAGGUUGGGAGAUGAUAGCCUGGAUGAGAUCGUUUCAGUCAUGAUGACACCAAAGAUUGGCAACAGGCUCUCUGUCCCACGAGAAGUACGAGUCAUUGGAGUACAGGACAGCCCUCUUAUUUGUGGGAGGCCGGAGGAGAUCACUGUAGAGCUCCGAAAGAUCUCAGGAAGUCUGGGCAUCAGCAUCUCUGGUGGAGUCAACACCAACUUACAAGGAAUCUAUAUCAGAAGCCUUGUUCCAGGAGGGGCUGCUGAAAGAGACGGAAGAUUACGUACAGGUGACAGACUGCUAGAGGUGGAUGGAAGUAGCUUUCAAGGCUUCACCCACCAACAGGCUGUGAGCUGCCUGAGCAAAACAGGGGAGGGGGUAACCUUGACGGUGGAGCGUCAGCCAGCGAGCGUGCCCAGGGUUUCUCUCAGUCUAGACAGUAGCAGCAUCGGAUCUAAUCAGAGCAUCCGUACAGCUACUAGUCGGGUCAGGAUCAAUAGCUGCUCCACCAUCAGUACUCCUCCGAGCACGAACUCUGAUCAGCCCCGGAUCUACAGCUUUGUCAAUGACGACAACACUCAGGAAGUGACUCUGACUAAGAGUGCCAACGGCCUGGGCUUCAGCUUUAUAAUGUUCGAGCUUGAUCCGCCUACACGGGACUUUGGCAGUCUGGUCCGGAUAAAGGAACUUUUCCCCAACCAACCAGCCCAGCAGAGCGGCAGGAUCCAGGAGGGAGAUGUCCUGUUGGCCAUCAACGGCGAGUCACUCAAGGAGAUGUCCUAUCCUAAGGUGCUAAAGCUGUUCAAGAAUACACCACCUGAGGUUCGUCUGACUCUGUGUCGGCCUGCACCAGGGAUCCUUCCUUCCGUUGAUCAGUUUAACGGCACAUGAAUGAUGUCAUUGUGUUGUACAGCACCAGCAUUGAUGGAUGUUUAGAAGCAACACUGUGCUUCUUGAUCAAUCGGGAUAUGGUGACGGAGACCAGAGGCAGAAUGAGCGAUAUGAUAUUAUUGAUGGACUCCAACCCUGCAGAAAGGCCUGCUCGAGACACAGUGGAGGUCCAGAACAUCAGUAAGGUUGGCAGCUGAAUGUGGAUUCAUUUUUUAAGCUUGUAUUACCUUUCAUCCCUCCACCACAAGGUGGCAGCAUAGUUUUGUCAGUGAAAACACUUGUUUGUGAAGCAAAAUGAAACCCUGUGAAAGUUAAUUUCGUUUGUACCAAGAAAAGAAGAAGACUGAAACAAACUGGAGCAGAAUGAUUGGUGUAACGUUUGUUGAGGAAACAAAGCCCUCCACAUGCCUGCAGAAUGUUUUCCAUGUUUAAAUGAAAAACAGUUAUUUGGGAAUGCUUGAUCAUUAAAAGAAGGUGACCCCUCA